AUGAAUUGGAAAUAUGUUGCCUGGUCUGCCACGAUAGCUCUGAGUGUUUUUGAUAUGUAUGUUAAAUAUAGACAAUGGAGGUUGUUGAACAAGGAGAGAAUAUUAGAACAUGAUGAUAAUCGAAUCAGAUCACAAGCAUUCCAAAAAAACAACAUGGUGUUGGGUAUUGUCCAAAAAUCUACUGAAUUACUAAUUAAUUCUUUGCUUAUUUGCUUCAAUCUUCAUCAUAAAAUCUGGACAGCAACCAGCUCAACAAACAACAGGUUACUUCGCCAGUUGAUGUUCUUGGGUAUUACCGAAUUGAUAAGAGCUUUGGUGCAAAGUUCAUUUGAGUUUUACAGAAAAUUUGUCAUUGAACAGGCUUCGGGGGUAAACAAAUUGACCAGAACGAAAUUCAUCGUUGAACAAGUAUUGUCGGUGAGUUUCCUGACAUUGUUUUCUUUGCUUGUGUAUGCUGGUUUGAUCAGUAUAAUUGAAAGGUUUGGAGAUACUUUCCCGAUGGUUGGGUCUUUUUUUUUCAUGCUGGCAAUUGUAUUUUUCAUGUCUAUUCUGCCCAACAUCUUUUGGCCCAUGUUUUAUAAAUUUUCUCCUGUGCCUGAAGGAGGACUAAGAAAUGCUCUUCAACACUUAUUAGAACCUCGAGGAUUUCCCACAGAACAAGUGUUCAUGGUAAAUGAAUCAGAUAAAACAACCCAUUCUGGGGCAGUGAUAGUCGGUUUUUCCUGGAACAAAAGCAUUGUCGUGUAUGAUUCUUUAGUGCAUAAAUGUUCAACUAAAGAGGUUUUAGCUGUCAUUUGUCAUGAGGUUGGACAUUGGGAGAGAUCCCAUUUACCCAAGCAACUUCUCAAUCAAGGUGCUCAAAUAUUCAUCGACUUCCAAUUAUUCGUAUAUCUAUAUCAAAGUCCCCAAUUCUAUAGUGCCUUCGGUUUCAGUGAUAUGCCUAUUGCAUUUGGUCUUGUGGCAUUUUCAAUUCUUACAGAGCCGAUUCAAAUCGUAUUUAACAUCCAAAAGAAUUAUGUAUCAAGAAUUUGUGAAAGGCAGGCAGAUAUAUUUGCCGCCACCUUAGGUUUCAAAGAUGAACUAAAAAGUGCUUUGUUCAAAGUCAAAAGGGACACUCUUCGUUUGGUUAAUACUGAUUGGCUUUAUAAUUUAUAUCUGGAAACACACCCAACUUUACAAGAAAGACAAGCAAAUUUAGACUCUUUCUCCGCUGUUGAAGUCCAUUGA